AUGACUUCGAAGUCGUGGGUCCAACUCCAGUUUGAGAUCUGUUUUUACAUGUCGUGGCUUUCCACUAGCGAAUUCAAAAAACAUCAUUUACCUGUAGCACCCUUUCAGGGCCUAACUGACAUGCCACCCGAAGGAAGCAAGAGGGCUGGGAUACUGCUAGGUUGCCCAAGCCUAGACAGAGGUCGGCCACACCACUCUCGUUUGAACGGCCGUCCUCCUGUUCUGGUGCAGUCUUUCCGCAGUGCAUAUCCAAUGGCCGUGCCGGGAUUUGAACCCCGGACAUCUGGCGUGCGAGGCGAGCGUGUAACCACUACUACACCAACGCACGUUGGACGCAUCUGA